CAAAGCAAAUCAGCUGGAAGAAAACACUUAUGAAAUCACCUGGGAACCUUUACAGCCGAUGAAAGGAGAUUCCAUUGUUUACAUCCUUCAGCUCGCUGCUGGGAGAGAGUUUGAUCAGGUAUACAAGGGACCAGAGACUUCCUUCCGUCUCACAGGCUUGCAGACAAACUGUGAAUACCGGGUCAGAGUCUGCGCUGGCCGUCAGUCCCAAGACUCCACCGGAUCGCAGGAACUGUAUGGACCGUACAGCCCCAGCACAGCGUUCUCAUCUCAGAAACAAGAGCCGGUCCCACCGUGUGCCGAUUUGACGACGGAGUUGGCGGAGACUAAGAAGACGUUACGGGAGGAGCGCUUCAUCGCCAUCGUUCUGCUCUGCGGAUUUGCGGUGGUUGCCAUCUUAUUUGCUGUUGUUAUUCAGUACUUUGUAAUCAAGUAGACGAGAGCCUAUCCAGUACUCAGCUUUUUGUACAGAAGCUAUUUCGGGUAUUUAUGGUUAGUUCUAAUUAAACUCCUAGCUGGAAACGUAGAGUUACGUGCGUUUCCACCUUUGCUGCUGGCUAACAGUGAGGCUGGGUUGGCAGAUCCUUUCCAAAUACUGAACACAGAUUUCUUGUAGAAAGGGUAAUCCUGGGUCCUCUCGUAAUCAGGGUUAGCUGUUGAUGAAACAGCGCAACAACUGCCUUA